CACUUUAACCCGGAAGUGCUGCAGCGACUAGGUCCGGUGUUCUGGCAGAAAACUUUUCCGCUUUCAAAAGAGAUGUCUGGAGUCAGCUUAUUAGUGAGAAGCCAGGCGCUGAGCGCGAGAUGUCAGUAUGCCCGCUGUCUCCUCCUUCGGUCUCAGUUCAGCUUUCCCUGUCAGUGGCCCAGAUCACAACCAAGGAGCCUUCAGAGCUGUCCUGGGAGCAACUCAUGGAAAUCAUUCUCCUCCUCCACGUUGGCAGAGUCCCGGAAGGAUCCACUCAUGAAAUGGCUUCUUUUGCUCAUCCCUGUUGCCUCUUUUGGACUCGGCACUUGGCAGAUACAGCGACGGCGGUGGAAGAUGAACCUGAUCCAGCAGCUGGAGGCGCAGUUCACAUCCAGUCCCAUACCUCUCCCCACAGAUCCCACAGAACUUCAGACACUGGAAUUUCAUCCUGUCGAGGUCCGAGGACAUUUUGAUCACUCGAAGGAGCUUUUCCUGAAGCCCCGCACGCUUGUGAAAAAAAGUAAAGAGUCUGAGGAGUCUGGUGGGAUGAGACCGCAGGAGAUCGGGGCUCACGUGAUCACCCCCUUCUGUACUAACCUUGGAGUCACUAUCCUGGUUAACAGGGGAUUUGUUCCUAAUAAGAAGCUGAAUCCACAGACCAGAAUGGAGGGUCAGAUCGAUGGAGAGCUGGAUCUGGUGGGAAUUGUGAGACUCACGGAAAUUCGUCAACAGUUUGCUCCAGAGAAUGACGUGCAGAAAAAUACGUGGUAUUACCGGGACCUGGCAGCCAUGGCGGAGCAGACUGGGGCACAGCCCAUAUAUAUUGAAGCUGAUUUUGAAAGCACAGUCCCUGGGGGCCCGAUUGGUGGACAGACGCGCGUGGCACUCAGAAAUGACCACCUGCAGUACAGUGUGACCUGGUUCUCCCUCUCGGCCUUAACCUCUCUCUUGUGGUUCCAGAAAUUCAUCCGGAAAGCCCGCUAGUAGUGUCCUUGUACUUCUGCAGUGGACCAGAUCAUUGCAAACAUGUUGGGCCAGGUACACAUGACUGGUCACUCCAAAUAUCGCUUACAUGUUCAGAUUUAUUACAAACCAACCAGCCAUUAGACCCCACUGCUGAGCAGGAGCCAUAAGGUUGGGAGGACAGAGAGCCCAAGGACAGCUUUGCCCCUGGAUAUGAUGUAAGCGGCUGCCAUCAGUCCCAGGGUACAAAUUUAAACCCAUCAGUCCGUCAAGUAAUUGGCCACUCGGGUAUUUUGUGUAACUUCAGCUGCUUGUAAUACUCGCAUGGGGUGAUUGCAGAACAAUGCAGUCUGUCAUAUAAGGAUCUCUGUCUCCAGUUUAAGUUUUCUUGUCCUGAUAAUAAAUGAUUGCA